AUGAGCACCGAGGACAGCAUCAAAUCCAUCAAAACAGAUAAUAACUGUGGCGAUUCCUCUGAUCUCUCUACCGUUCCCGCCUUAGACCUUUCGCCAGAGGGUUUUGCUUUUCUUGAGGAUAUUAAGAACCUAAAGCGAACCUUUGAUGUGAAAAAACUCUCUCCUAAAGUUACCAAACGUGUUCUGUUCCUCAAGGACAUUCAGGUUAAACACGAUGAACUCGAAGAGAAGUUUCUUGCGGAAAAAGCUGCAUUGGAGGCAGCAUACGAUAAUCUCUACAAGCCACUUUUCGCUAAGAGGUAUGAAAUUGUGAAUGGUGUGGUUGAAGCUGAAGCAGAGAAAGAAGGAGUGCCCAAUUUCUGGUUGAUUGCAAUGAAAACUAACGAAAUGCUCGCAAAUGAGAUAACCGAAAGAGAUGAGGCAGCACUGAAGUAUCUUAAAGACAUUAGAUCUUGCAGAGUUGAAGGCAAUUCUAGAAAUUUCAAGCUGGAGUUUCUCUUUGACCCUAAUCCUUACUUCAAGAACUCGGUUCUCUCCAAAACUUACCAUGUGACCGAUGAAGAUGGUCCUGUUCUUGAGAAAGUGAUUGGAACGGACAUAGAAUGGUGUCCAGGUAAAUGUUUGACUCACAAGGUUGUUGUGAAGAAGAAAGCAAAGAAAGGGUCAAAGAAGGUCAACAGCAUUCCCAUGACCAAAACAGAAAACUGUGAGAGCUUUUUCAAUUUCUUCAAGCCACCAGAGAUUCCUGAGAUUGAUGAAGUCGACGAUUACGAUGAUUUUGAUACCGUUAUGACGGAAGAACUCCAAAACCUGAUGGACCAAGACUAUGACAUUGCUGUGACAAUCCGAGAUAAACUAAUCCCUCAUGCGGUUUCAUGGUUUACUGGAGAGGCUCUUGUUGAUGAGGACGAUUGUGAUGAUGAUGAUGAUGAUGAUGAUGAUGAUGAUGAGAAGAGUGACUAACAAGAAGAGAAGACUUGUUUCAACAGAGUUUGAAAAUUGAAAGAGGAGCUUCAUAUUCUCUAAUUUAUUUAUUUCAGAUACACCAAGAGUUUCAAGAAUCUCUCUCAAUACAUAUAUCUCAAGAACUGAAUUUAGAGAGAAGACUUCAUGCUCCAAGCACUUAGGCUUAAAACAUCAACAUUCUGA